AUGAGGUUUCAAAAUACCAUCUUGGUGCUCGCGUUAGCGGCGUUUGCAUCGGCACAGACGACCUCAGCAUGCACAGCUGGCCUGCCGUCUAGCUACCGCUGGACAUCGACCGGCCUCCUCGCCAAUCCAAAGUCGGGAUGGGUCUCGCUUAAAGACUUCACCACGGUUCCAUAUAACGGCCAGCAUCUCGUGUAUGCAACGACACACGACUCAGGAUCAAGCUGGGGCUCCAUGAACUUUGGCCUCUUUAGCAAUUGGUCCGAUAUGGCCACAGUCAGCCAAAACAAGAUGAAUGGAGCCACUGUUGCGCCGUCACUCUUCUUCUUUGCUCCCAAGAACAUCUGGGUCCUUGCCUACCAAUGGGGCCCGACAGCCUUCUCCUACAAGACUUCCAGCGACCCCACCAAUGCCAACGGGUGGUCCGGAGUCCAGACCCUCUUCUCCGGGACCAUCACAGGUUCUAGCACUGGCUGCAUCGACCAAGCUGUCAUUGGCGACGAUACGACCAUGUACCUGUUCUUUGCUGGAGACAACGGCAAGAUCUACCGCGCCAGCAUGCUCAUCGGAAAUUUCCCAGGCAGUUUCGGGACAUCAUCGACCGUGAUUAUGACCGACACAGCCAACAACCUGUUUGAAGCAGUCCAAGUCUACACAAUACAGGGUGAGAAGAAGUACCUCAUGAUCGUUGAGGCCAUUGGAUCAAACGGGCGCUACUUCCGCUCGUUCACGGCCACUAGUCUGGGCGGCACAUGGGCACCUCAGGCAGCAACUGAGAGCCAGCCCUUCGCCGGUAAAGUCAACAGCGGCGCGACCUGGAGUAACGACAUCAGCCAUGGCGAGCUGAUCCGCGUCAACGCUGACCAGACCAUGACGAUUGAUCCGUGCAACUUGCAGCUGCUCUACCAGGGACGAGCCCCUGGCUCUGGGGGCGACUACGGCAAGCUGCCGUACCGACCGGCACUGUUGACGUUGCAGCGCUAA